AAAACCACCUGUACUCGCUCUUAAGAGACGACAACCAGCGUCUCCCCAGACUUGCACUCAGCCUGCCGCUGAAGAUGCCGCCCGGCAAAGCCGAUGACCCCGCACGAUACCCCGCGAUAUUCAGCCUCCGCGCCGCGUCCCUCGCCCGCGCGCACACCGUCCUCUCCCUCGCCGCCUUCGCCAGCGCCCUCGCCCUCGGCUGCACCCUCCACUUCCGCAAGAUUGUCAAGAACGGCGUCGCGGGAUGGCCCCAGGAAUGGUUCCCCAGCGUGUCCGCGACAAUCGGAGACUGGUAUCCCGAGCGCAACAUCUUCCAGAUCCUCAUUGCUCUCAACUCCGGCCCGCGCUUCAUCGUCCUCCUCCUCACCUACCUCCACACUCACUCCAAAUUCCCGUCCUCGUCCCUCCCGUCCCUGCUCCUCGUCACCGGCGUAGUCCGCACUCUCAGCUGCGGCGGAUGGGUCUACAUCACGUCCAGCGAUGACCACGACGCACACGACGUCCUCAUGAUUAUCUACAUCGUGUGUAAUAUCCCCUGGAUGUGGGCGAACGCAAGGUUGGCAGUUGGAAGGGCGCGCAGGCGCAGGAUCUGGAUUGCUUCAUCAUUCUGGCUUUCUCUCAUCCCCAUGGUAUAUUUCUUCAUCCAACACAAGGUGCACCACGUCCCCGGCGCAUACACGCGCUAUAGUCUCUUCGAAUGGUCGCUCAUCCUCUUUGACGUGCUCUACGACGCCACUGCCGAGCUCGAGUUCCGGGACAGUGGCCUCAAGAUCUCUAUCGGGGCGGCGCCUACUGACUUCAAUGGAGAUGGAGGGACGUAUGACGAAACACACGCAUCUGCAUCCAAGAACACGCAAGACGGCCUUGCUCCCUCUGCGCUGGUAAGUGAAAAGGUAGAGUCUGUUGAUGCAACAGCUCCAGAGGUGGCAGGCACACCGGAGGCAUCGCGCGCGCUCGGUACUUUCCUCUCCGCCCAGCGCCCGGCUUUCAGCUUUUUGGCCGACGUAUAUUUCUCCUAUCAAACAUGGACCGUCCUGACCGCGCUCCCGGUCACCCUCUUCUACUUCUCCGUUUGGAAGCUCGCGCUUGCCGGACCCGAGUUUUCCACGCUCGCGACGCUCGCUCCGGUCUUCCUCGCGUCGCGUCGCGUGCGCGAAGCCUGCCGCACGCGCUUGGGGCGCGCGGUGCUUGCUACUAUCGUUGCAGGCGCGGGGAUCGGGAGCUGGGGCGCGGAGAGCGUGUGGGCGCGCCUCGGGGGCGUGGUGAUGGGGACUGCGGCGGGUGUCAUAAGGUGGGCGGGGGAGUGGGAGGAGACGGCGGUGGAGGGGGGUGGGCAUCAUGGGAUCGUGUUUCUGUUGGGCCUGCUCGUCUCGGCGCUCUCGAAGCACUUGAAUAACGGAAAUAACCCAGGGUGGCCCAUCGUCGACGAGAAGUCGGGCGGACACCACAAGUCCAUUCUCAUUCUCAGCGCGCUCGCGCUCGUGGAAUUCAUGACCCGGCCCGCGUCGUCUCCCUACCCGCCCGCGCUCUCCCUUCCGUCCUCACUUUCUUCAACGGAACAGACACCGAGCAAGCACACCGCGCGCCCAAACGCAGAUGCGUACGCAAACGCCAAAGCCGGACCUUGGCUCCCGUCCGCCCUCGCCCUCGGCGCGCUCCUCUAUGCGCUCCACGAGCGCCUCACCGACCCGAGCACGCUCGUCGCGUGGUCUUGGACCGGAUACCCGCUCAGCGGGCCGCAUCCGCACGCGCACGCGCCCCUUACGCUCGUCGCGCAGGCGCUCGGCGUCGCCCUCGCUCUCUCUGCGUCCUCGCCUCGUCUGGCCAGCUUCCUCGCUCAUCCAGCGUGGUGCAUGUUCGGCAUGGCGAGCGCCGGCGUUCUCUACGCGUGCAAAGAUUGGGCGGGCUACCUCGGCGCGCUCGCGCACGCCGUCUUCCUUGUGUCCAUCGCGCCGCAGGUCCUGCGCGCCGCGGGUGCGGCUGCUCGGGGCGCAGGGGGCACUGGGAGGCGCACCGCGCGCGUGUUCGUGGCUGCGUGGGCGACGUGGGUCGUGCUCCUGUUCUCGGGGACGUUUACGGUCGCGUACGCGUUCGUGCCGGGCGCGUGGUCGUUCAGGGAGCGCACAGACCUCGUCCUCGCAUCGCAGCUGAUCCUCCUGACACCGGCCUUCCACUGGCCAUCGCUCACCCGCCCACUCACGCCCUCACUUCCCGCCCUCCAGCGCGCAACCCACACGCGCACCUAUACCCUCCUCGCACUCGUGGCCCUCCUCGGUCUCCUCGCGCCCCUCACCGCCCACGCGCCUUCUCCCCCGCCCGCACCCGCGCCCGCACAUGCCCGCGCGCGACUGCUCAACGCGGGGAUCUGGACCGUGCACUUCGGGAUCGACGACGCGGGGCGGGACAGCCAGCGCCGCAUGCGCGACCUCGUCCGCGACAUGCAGCUCGACGUCGUCGGCCUACUGGAGACCGAUCUGCACUAUGUAGACAUCGGUCCGGGGCCAAAUCAACACACCUGGGGUGCCGUCCUGAUGUCCAAGUUCCCCAUCUUGAAGUCCACGCACCACCUGCUGCCUUCUCCCGAUGGCGAGCUUGCUCCCGCCAUCGAAGCGAUCUUGGACAUAUACGGAACAAACGUCACCGUCCUCGUUGCCCACAACGGUCAAGAGGAGACCCCGCUGGACCGCGAGCUGCAAGCCACGGAGCUUGCGCGUAUAAUGGCUGCGUCGUACCCCGAUCCUCUCAUCUAUCUCGGCUACGUCGUCACGAAGCCCAAGGCUCUACGUCCGGCACCGUACGACAUCAUGGUCACCGACGGCAAAGUGCACGACAUCGACCACGAAGACUGGGACCGCUGGUGCGAAUACAUCUUCUACCGCGGGCUGUACCGCACGGCCUAUGCGCGCGUCUCGCGCAGCACGAUCACGGACACCGAGCUCCAGAUCGGCCAGUUCGUCGUCCCGCGGUACGGCCACGCCGUCGUCAACGACACCGAGGAGGACAGAUACCUGCGCGCUUGGAAGGAGCAGCUGCCGGAGGAACACUGGUUCCCGAUGGAAUACUACAGUCCUGGCCGUAGAGGGCAUUUUUACCAUGUCUUCAAUACGCCUCUGUACUACGGAUUCCCCGAUAAUGUUGUAUUGUAG